AAAAUGGCUUCACUUUGACCAAUGUCUGCUUUUAAUACAAUGAACAGUGACAUUAUAAAGUGGCAUUUACUUUGAUAUACCGACAAAUGGAAAUUUGUAUCACCAUGGUUGGAAGUAUUUGAUACGUUUCAAAUUUUAUUUCGUUUAACGAUUCAUCUUUUACAUAUAAACUAGCUCAGCCACGCCUUCAGACAGCUCGACUUCCUGAUUUUCCAGCGAUGUACUCGCAAUGUCUUAAUUAUGCUGCACGUGUUUGGUUAUGAUUGUUCAUUAAUGACAUGUGCGUAUGUUGCAUCAAUAAUAUGUAGUCAACACGAGUGCAGCGUACAAAGACGCCCCCACGGGAAUAAAACAUGGUGUAUUGAGGUCCUCUUCAUCAACGACACGUAAAUACAAAGGCAGCACCCGACCGACGUCUCACGAAGGUGAACCUCGGUUUUACCCAGCCUGCUGCGUUUGUUUAACUGAGAAUGGUGAUCAGGCUGGCUAGAACUCAGCUGGUUCCACUGAUCCAGGAACUUAAGACAUGUCCUGGAACGCUAAAGAUUGUGGGAGAAAUAGAAGCCACGCUGGAAAACCGUAUCUGUGGUUAUGAGUAUAUUGUGGACAGAUGGCCGGAUUGCAGAGCGAUCGUUAUUCUGGCGAAUGCUGUGGAGUUGAAGUUCCUUCAAGGAACUGUCAACCUGUACGCCACUGACAACGAUGCCUUGAUGAGCCUCCUACACAACCCAGAUGUCAUGAACUGGUCACAGGGAAAACGGUUUACUUUUGCAGCCGUGGACAGUACGAUUAGAGCAGCUGUCUUAGAAGUGAUGCACCAUUACAAGGUUCCCUUCAAAAUAAACACGGAUUGUGUUCACCUGGCCGUUACACAGAAUACACUGAAACUCAGGUCUGUUCCGGAAGGCUAUACCCUGUCCAGCCUACAGCCAGAACAAGCACCUUUGAUUAAUUCCUUGUGGAAGUUCAGCAGUGGAGAUGCAUCUGAGGCCUACAUCAAGCACCUGAUAAACAAGCUUCCUUCCGCUUGUCUCUACGACGAGGAGGGGGUACUGUUGGGAUACGCCCUUACCUACACCUACGGGUAUCUGGGGAUGCUGCACGUGCUGGAGGAGCACCGAGGGAAGGGAUACGGAAAGGUCAUCAUGUCCCAACUCGCACUGAAGCAUCUGAAAAAAAAGAAAGAGGUGUAUGUCAUAAUAGAAUGUGAUAAUGCGCCGUCCUUAAGGCUGCAUGGAAAUAUGGGAUUUGAGGUUGUUCCAGACGUGACGGUAAACUGGAUAGUUUGUACUAAUUAAGACGUAGACCUUAAACGUAAUAAAACAUGUGAUUAUUGUU